AUGGUCAGCCCUCAGAUCACCAACCUGAUCAUCAUGCUCGGCAUGGUGCAGGUCUCGCGCAAGGUCCCCUUCGAUGACCCCAACGUCCUGAACUUGUGCCGCGCCGGCUACAUUGCCAGCAACAUCAUCAUCGCCAUCAUCUACCUCUACGUCCAGGCCCAGAUCAACAAGAAGAAGGACCUCACCACGCUCAAGUACGUUGAGCCCCCGGCGAUGGGCUCCGCCGAGGAGGGCAAGCUCGUCACCACCACCAUCCACGCAUACGACACGACCCAGCUCCGCCAGGCCUUCCGCUCCCAGGCCAUGGGUAUCGCCAUGAUGGCUUUCAUGCACAUCUACAUGAAGUACACCAACCCCCUCCUGAUCCAGUCCAUCAUCCCCCUCAAGGGCGCCUUCGAGAGCAACCUCGUCAAGAUCCACGUCUUUGGCCAGCCCGCCGCCGGCGACCUCAAGCGCCCCUUCAAGGCCCCCGCCAACUUCAUGCAGGGUCUGCAGGGCGGCCCCGCCGCUAGCGACAAGAAGGCCAUUGAGACCGCCGAGCGUGCCGGCCGCGGUGGUGCCAAGGAGGAGUAA